AUGUUCCUCUUCGACGCAGUCGUCUUUCUCAUAGCCAUCACGCUCUCCAUCGGCCUCUCGGUGCUCAUCUCGCAGCCCUUCAACGGCGCCAUCGUCCGUCUGCGCGCAAACUACCUCCCCAAGGCCGUCAGCCUCGACAACGUCCUCGAAGAUGGCGCAGCCACCUCGGCAUCCGCGCCUCGCGCCCUCUCCUCCUUCCUCCUCUCCGAACGUCGCUCCACCGCAAAGAUCGGCCCCGUCGUCCCCGGCGUCUUCUCCAUGAUGUUCCGCACAAAGCGCCUCGAGGGCUGGGCUGGCAUCUACAAGGGCUCCAUCCCCGUCGCCAUCCAGAUCUUCACACUCAGCACCCUCACCUUCAUCUUCUUCUCCGGCGCAUCCGCCUCCUCCCCCGGUAGCGCAUACAAGGCCGGUCCCGCUGGCCCCGGUCAGUUCAGCUUCUUUGCCAACCUCUUUUACAUGCUCUUCGUCGCCAUGGCCGCGCUUCCGCUCAACGUCAUCACCGACCGAACCAUCGUGCACCCGCGCAUACUGCCCAUCCACUCGCCGCGCGAGAACCUGCGCGAGCUCCUCUCGUACACCGAGUUCACCCAGCCCUGGCGUCUCUACCUCCUGCCCGGUCUGCUCGCCGCCAACGUGCUCCACGUAGCCUGGAUCGGUCUCGCCACGCGCAUCGUCCGCCAGCUCACCGUGCCCUCGCUCGGCGGCCUCCCCGGCGCCACCCCCGUCGCGCCCGACCAGGACACCUACUCGGGCCCCAACUCCAACAUGCUCGAGCUCAGCCCCGUCGGCCUGCCCAUCUUUGUCCUCUGGAACGUGCUCAGCGUCAUCAUCCUCUCGCCGCUCGAGUGCGCCAUCAUCCGCCUCUCCACUCAGCGUCCAGAGCGACAGAACCCGCUCCACCGCGCCUACGCACGCGUGCCAAACGGAUCCAACGCCACCGGUCCCUCGCCCUACUCGCACCAGGCCACUGCCGCCGCUCAGGCGCAGCCAGGCGGCUCCUACAAGGAUUCCGACCCCACGCGCAAGUCGUCCGACAGCGCCUCGGCGAACGCAGACAAGCCACUCCCCUCGUCGCCUGGCGAGCUGCCCGGUCGUCCCUCGUUCGCCAUCGAAGACGACGAUGAUGAUGAUGCCGACACUGCCUCGCCGGCUGCCAAACCUUCCGCCAACGGCAAAGCGCCCAACAGCAGCAAGGCCGCGCGCGUGCUCGGGCAGACCGAUGAGCCUGCCGCACGCUCCAACAGUGCAGCAGGCGGCUUCAACUCGGGCUACACGCCUCCCUCGUUUUCCGGCGGCGAGCCUCCCGAGCCCGUCAUCGCGCUGCGCCCCAUCGAGGAGCAGACCGCCGAAGAGGCCGCCGCCGAGUUUGGCGCGCCCGUCGUCACGCGCUACACCGGCCUCGUCGACUGCCUCAACAAGAUGGUCGACGAAGAGGGCAUCGAGAGCCUCGGCAGGGGCGCCUGGGUCACCCUCCUCGCCAUGUUUGCCGGCUCGUUCAGUUGA